AUGGCAGAAGCGGCCGUCGGCGGGCCUCACCUCCCUGAGGAGAUCGUUACCUGGGAGAUUCUCAUCCGCCUGCCGCCGAAGCCACUCGUCCGGUGCCGCGCCGUCUGCCGCUCCUGGCACCGCCGCCUCACCUCCGACGCCAAAUUCCUCCUCGCCCACCACCGCCGCCAGCCCUCGCUCCCUCUCGUCACCACCGGAGAAACCCAUGAGAGAAGGAUCGACGCCCUGGACCACCGCACCCGCGAGCGGCGCCCUGUCGCGCGGACGGCCACCGCCGAGGACCUCGACGUGCUCGCCUCCUGCGACGGCCUCCUCAUCCUCGUCGCCUACGGCGCCCUCCACAUCUGCAACCCGGCGACUCGCCAGCGCGCCCCUCUCCCGCUGCUUCACGCCGCCUGCAUCUCCGGGCUGUACCCUCACCGCCCGUCGGGGUCGUACCGAGUGCUGUGCUGCUUGAAGAGAGCCGAGGACGGCCGUGCCGUGUACCACGUGCACACCGUCGGAUCCAGCGAGCUCAGGUGCGUCGGGCAGCCUCUCGAUCCGUGGGCGUCCGGGCAUCAGGUGCAUGCGCUGCCGAUGAUGCUCUCUUGGCACCCGCUCGUGCUGGCAGACGGCAGAUUUUACUGGCACCCCGUGCAUUUGCCUGGUGGCAGCGGCAAGGUCAACGACAUGCUGGUGUUCGACACCGUGGCUGAGUCUUUCCAGCAUAUGAUUUCGCCCGUCGAGGGCCCCCUUCUUGAGCUGUUUGAGAUGAACGACACUCUUGGAUUGUAUGCCUUCCGCGGUAGCACAGCUGAUCUUUGGGUGCUACAGGAUCACCACAGCUGGGCCUGGUCAAUGAAGCACCGGAUCAAAUUGCAGGUGGCGGCCUUCUCUCUAGUGCCGGACAUCCAAGGAGAUUUGCUCCUCCUUUCUCGAAAGGGAAAGACAGGCAUUCAGUGGCAAUAUCUGCAGUAUAUUUCUGGUGCCGAUGGCAGUUUGUCCAAACGGUAUGAAUGGAGCGUGUUUCUGAAUCUUAAGAAACAUAGGUUCAGAGAAAGCCUUGUUCCGCAUUCCUUCUUCUUGAUGGAUGGCAAUAAUGGUGGUGGUGUGGAUGGAAAGCCGUUGUUCGAUGGGUUGUCAACUGUGGCGGUGCUUCCUGAUGAUAAUUCGAGCUUCACUAAGGAACCCGUGAUGGACAAGUCCGGUGAAUCGUCACAGGAGCCUUCUCAAAGUGAAUGGUAG